CAAAGCCAAACUCACAGACGUGUAGAGUUGAAUGAAACCAAAAACCACGCGAGACGGAGCCCGAGACGUUUUGGCGCUCUCCGCUCCGCAUCCAGUUCGAGCAAAGCAAGCGCAACUUCUGGCCGCCUCUUCCUCCUCCGUAACUGUUCCCACUCUGCGUCGGCUCUCGUUAUCAUCCCGGAUUUCUCACGUCUUUUGAAAAAGUAGAAGAUUUUGGAUGCCCUUGUUGAAGAUUUCAGCGGUGGCGGUCGGAGAUUCUGGCGCAGGCGGACGGAGAGGAGGGGGAAGUAUGGAUUUGGAGAGACAAUCUAGGGUCUCGGAGAGCCGGUCUUCAAAAUCAUACAGAACCACGCUUUUAUUGGCCUACCAGAGUUUUGGUGUCGUGUAUGGAGAUUUAAGCAUCUCUCCUAUUUAUGUCUUCAAGAGCACCUUCUCAGGCAGGCUACGCCUCCAUGAAGAGGAUGCUGAGAUUCUAGGCGCUCUUUCUCUAGUUUUCUGGAGUCUCACUCUCAUAGCUCUCUGCAAGUACAUCAUCUUGGUGCUAGGAGCAGAUGAUAAUGGUGAAGGCGGGACCUUUGCUCUGUAUUCAUUAAUGUCGCGGCAUUCAAAGAUUGGACUGUCGAGGACAUCCCAUGCUGCACAUGAACACCUGACUGCUUACGAGCUUGAAACUGACUGUGAGGAAACUCGAACUAGUUUACGGAUAAAGAAAUUUCUCGAGAAGAAUCAGACUUCUCGACUUUUGCUACUACUAUUUACGCUAUUAGGGACAAGUAUGGUCAUUGGCGAUGGUUGUUUGACCCCGACAAUCUCAGUUGUUUCAGCUGUUUCUGGACUCAGAAUUAAGCUUCCAGGUCUUCAUGAAGGUUACACUGUUGUUAUUUCGUGCGUCAUCUUAAUUGGGCUGUUUGCUCUACAACAUUAUGGAACGCAUCGAAUUGGUUUUUUGUUUUCUCCAAUCUUGAUCGCUUGGCUUAUUUGCAUAAGUACUAUUGGAAUCUACAACACCAUUAAGUGGAACCCUGGUGUUAUUCGUGCUAUCUCACCGCAUUAUAUUUAUCUCUUCUUUAAGAAGUCUGGGAAGGAUGGAUGGAGUUCUCUUGGAGGCCUUGUCCUUUGUGUUACAGGUGCUGAGGCAAUGUUUGCUGACCUUGGGCAUUUCUCAAAGCUUUCUAUUCGGAUAGCAUUUACGGCAGUAGUAUAUCCUUGCUUGGUUCUUGCAUACAUGGGCGAAGCCGCCUACCUGUCCAAGCACAGAGAUGAUCUCCAACAAAGCUUCUUUAAAGCUCUCCCAGAUAGAGUAUUCUGGCCAGUGUUCGUCAUUGCGACAUUGGCCACAGUUGUUGGAAGUCAGGCAAUUAUUUCAGCAACCUUUUCCAUUAUCAGUCAAUGUAGAGCUUUGGGAUGUUUCCCUCGUGUCAAAAUUAUACACACCUCGAACCAUAUCAAUGGGCAAAUAUACAUACCAGAGGUGAACUGGCUUCUUAUGCUCUUGUGUCUCAUUGUUGCCAUUGGUUUCAGAGAUACUACAAUGAUUGGAAAUGCUUAUGGAUUGGCUGUAAUUACAGUAAUGCUGGUGACAACAUGCUUGAUGUUUCUUAUCAUCACUGUCGUCUGGAAGCGAUCAAUAUUCCUAGCACUCCUCUUCACCUUGACCUUUGGUUCUCUAGAACUCCUCUAUUUAUCUGCAUGUGUUGCCAAAGUUGGUCAUGGAGGUUGGCUUCCCCUUGUUAUAUCGCUGACAAUCUUGACGGCCAUGUUUACAUGGCACUAUGGCACUGUUAAGAAGAGGGAAUUCGAGCUUCAAAACAAGGUCAGCCUCGACAGGAUACUCAGCAGCAGCCCCAGCCUUGGCCUUGUCCGAGUCCCAGGAGUUGGCCUCGUCUACUCUAACAUCAUAAAUGGAGUCCCACCGCUAUUUGCCCACUUUGUCACAAAUUUUCCAGCUUUUCAUCGAGUUCUCGUAUUCGUGUGUUUGCAGACACUAACAGUGCCAAAAGUUCCUCUUCAUGAACGAUUCUUAAUCACAAGAAUUGGACAACCUGAGCAUGGGAUCUUUAGAUGCCUAGUAAGGUAUGGCUAUAAGGAUGGAGGUUCAGACAAUUUCGAAUUCGAGAAUCAGUUGCUGCUUAAGCUUGCAGAGUUCCUUGACCAGGAAGGUCGAAAUUCUUCAGCCAACGGUGACAAGCCAUCGAUUGCUAAACCCUCAGAGUCAGUCUCGGAUGCUCUUGCUGGGCUUGCAAUUGUUGCAGAUGGUGGAAAGAAGGUGCGGUUUAAAUUGGUUGAAGAAACACAAGAACUGAGGCAAGAGGUGUGGGAAUUGCUGGAAGAGAGGGAAGCUGGCGUUUCAUACAUGAUGGGCCACACCUGUGUUGUAGCUCAUGAAUCCUCGCCAUGGAUCAAAAAGUUUACAAUCGAUGUAAUAUACGGGUUUCUUCGACGAAAUUCCCGCAGUCCUGCAGUUUCUCUUGGGAUCCCCCACUCUUCCCUUAUUCAGGUUGGCAUGAUUUAUCAUGUAUGAAGCCAAGGAAAUAAGAACUAGACAUCGAUCAAAAAUUUAGUUCAAAGUUCAGAAUGAGACAUCAGCUGACAAUUUAGAGCAAAUGAUACAUUCCGUGCAUGAAGAUUGGUAAAUAUAAUUACUCUUCAGAA